AUGGGUACCUGGCUACGUCAGAAGCUCUCACCAGAGCAAACGCUGCAACAGCGGAACACGCAUUCAACAAUGAAAUGGCUCCAGAACUGGAAAAGAAAGAUCGAAAUCAACAUACCAAUGCUUUCCGCAGCUGAACAGCGCACUCUUGAGCAGCGCAUGCAGAAGCGCCAGGUCAAGGAGUUUAUGGGCGCAUUCGGCGGUCUUGUUGAGCACUGCUUCAUGUCCUGUGUCGAUGACUUCACCUCAAAGGCCAUCUCAACCCGAGAAAGCGGCUGCAUCAACCGCUGCGUUCAGAAGUGGAUGGCUUCUCAACAGCGCAUCAGCGACCGCUUCCAAGAGCACAACGCCCAGCUCACAGCUCAGAUGAACAAAUAA